AUGUCGACAUUCCUCUCAGAGGCCCUGUCGGACGAAGCGCUGAUCAAGGAUGAUGUCUACGACACCAUCGAUGAAAUGAUUGCCAAGCUCGACGAAAAGUUGACGUCGCAAGUGAACGAGAUCAUUCAUGCGCCGGCGUUCCAACAGCUCGAAAGCGCAUGGCGCGGCAUCGAUUACCUGGUUCAUAAUUCGGAGACCGAUGCGUCCUUGAAACUGCAGUUCCUGAAUAUUUCCAAAAAGGAACUUGCAGGUGUCUUCAAGAGCUACCGCGGCGCCAAGUGGGAUCAAAGCCCGCUGUUCAAGCAGAUCUAUGAAGCUGAAUUCGGUCAGCUCGGAGGUCAACCAUACGGCUGCCUCGUGGGCGACUACGAAUUCUCCUACGAUCCGCAGGACAUUACCGUCCUCAGGGGCAUGGCGAAGAUCGCUUCUGCUGCUCAUGCACCGUUCCUUGCGGCGGCAGAUCCGCAGCUCAUGCAGAUGGAAAGCUGGACUGAACUUCCGGCCAAACGCGAUCUGUCCAAGGUCUUCGAUACGGAAAUCCACGCUCAGUGGCGCACGCUGCGCGAAUCCGAGGACGCUCGUUAUCUGGGACUGUCGCUACCACGUGUUCUGGCGCGUCAGCCCUAUGGUGCCAAAUCCGAUCCGGUCGAGGAAUUCGCCUUUGAGGAAGAGUUCGACGAAGACACGCACGACAACUAUGCCUGGAUGAACUCCGCCUAUGCGAUGGCGAAGAACAUCAACGCCGCCUACAAGGAAUAUGGCUGGACAGUUCGUAUCCGCGGCGUGGAAAGCGGUGGCCUGGUUGAAGAUCUGCCGACACACGUCUUUGAAACGGACGACGGCGGUGUGGAUCAGAAAUGCCCGGCUGAAAUCGCGAUCUCCGAUCGCCGCGAACAUGAAAUUUCGCGACUGGGUCUGAUCCCGCUGAUUCAUCGCAAGAAUACCGACCAGGCGGCCUUCCUUGGUGCGCAGUCGGUCUUCAAGCCACGUCAGUUCUCCGGCCCGGACGGCAAGGACGCAACCGCCUCGGACAAUCUUUCUGCGCGGCUGCCCUACAUGUUCGCAACCACGCGUUUCGCCCACUACCUGAAGGUGAUGGUGCGCAACAAGAUCGGAUCCACCAAGGAGUCCGCCCAGCUGCAGCGCUGGCUGAACGACUGGAUCAUGGAUUACGUCGAUGGCGAUCCUGACAACUCGACUGAAGAGACCAAGGCACGCAAGCCGCUUCGCGAGGCGAAAGUCACCAUCAUCGAUGACGAGGAAAACCCGGGAUACUACAGAGCCCAGUUCUUCCUUCGUCCACACUAUCAGCUUGAGGGCAUGGAUAUCGGCAUGAGCCUGGCCUCGAGAAUUCCGCAAGACGGAAACUGA